AUGGCAAGCGACAAGACGCCUGAAGAACAUUCAUCUCCAGGUUCACCCGUCGACGAGGACACACCCAUGGUCGAUUCCGACCCCACCGUCUCCGAACUUGAAGCUCCUACCCAAACCGCGACGAUGCCUCUACGCCGGAUUAUCGAGAUAAGGCCUGCCGGAAGCGAUUAUGAUGCGUCCUCGGAUACUGAAAGUCGCUCGUCGCAGCGCAGCGAGGGGCCUUCGAGAACAGCGACCAGGCCCCCAACAUACGAGGACAUCGCACCCACCGCGACCCUUCCGCCACUGUCAGCCGAGAUGGUCAUGGAACUGAGCCAGCUAGACGGACAUACGCCAUUCGCGAAAAAGGUCGAGCACCUGUUCUACGACUCGUGGCACGAUCAAACCAAAACUCCACACAUUGAAGAAAUCAUCCUGUUCGAUAUAAAGUCUCCCAUGCCUCGCCCAGACGGGCAGCCAUCAGCUCCCUUGGCCCCUGCUAGCAACGAUGUCGCGCUACUCUCCUCGUUAAUCGAUAUGCCACUCUCGUUCCACGGUGCUCGUCGCGCAUGCUAUGUUGGAGAUGCCGGAUACCCGUUGGACUUCUGCCGCAGUAACAAAUGCUCGAUAUGUCUGGUCUUCAGGAACCAGUGUGCCUUCAGAGAAGCUCGCGUUGGAUUCACAUUAGGUCCUAAGAUCUUUGCAAGUCCCAGCUCGUCUCAAGCUGAUGCCUUUGCAACGAAUCACCAUAUCCGCUCAAAUAGACACGCCAUGAUUCUAUGCGCAUGCCCAAAUAUAGCGCAAGCAGAUACCCAGUCGACGACUCCAGGGGCACCUCCUGCAUAUUCAGCGACGACUUCCGACUGCGAAGUCGUUGUUCCUAUCGGUUUGAUUCUGUAUACUCGGGCGGGGUGGCAUCGAUCGUAG